AUGCAGCAUCAGGAGAUCACUACAAUUGUCCAAAGAAAAACAAGCAAGUUCUCUCCCAAGGUAAAAAUCUCAUUAAGAGUCAUACAUCACAUUCAGGUCGACGAGACGGGGAGCUCAAACAAGAUGGAAAAGCUGAUCAUCAUGAGCAGUGGGAGCAGCAACCCACGCCCUGGCGACGGCGACGGCGGCGGCGGCGCGGAGGUGGAGACGGUGCGGUGCGCGUGCUGCGGCGUGGCGGAGGAGUGCACGGCGGCGUACAUCGUCGGCGUCCGGGCGGCGUUCUGCGGGGACUGGCUGUGCGGGCUGUGCUCGGAGGCGGUGAAGGAGGUGGCGCGGCGGGACCCGGCGGGCGGCGGCGUGGCGGCGGCGCUGGUGACCCACGAGGCGGAGUGCAGGGACUUCAACGCCACGACGAGGGCGAACCCGACGCUGUCCCUGGCGGGCUCCAUGCGCCGCAUCGCGCGCCGGAGCUUCGACAAGAGGACGUCGGCGUCGUGCCAGGAGCGCCGCCUCGGCGCCGCGGCCUCCAAGGCGGUGGCGCUCGCCAGGUCCGCCAGCUGCGACCCGCGCUUCCUCGCCGAGGUGAUCGGCAACAACAAUGGCGCCGCCUCCGGUGAUCGCUGCAGAUGA